GGUCGGGAUGGACAAGGAAACUGAUCGACCCGGUUUCGAGCCGUGACCGCGAAGGACGCCCACGGUGUACAGACUUUCUCAACUCGUAUGAGGACACAUCAAUCGGUCGCGUCAAAUCACUUUUUCACUUGAGUUUUUGCGUAAUGGAUGAUGUUGUUCUAUCCUUGCGCAAUCUGGGCUCCGUUAUCCCACUGCAGACGCGUUUGAUACACGCGUCGGAUUACGAGUAAUUCGAGAUUUCGUGAGCACAGAUUUGAGAACACGGAAGCGUUUGCUUUCAUUAUGAGGUUCCUCUGAAAAUAUACAAGUGUUUUGUUACGGUUUGAGAUUGAGCCAGAUGUUGUCUAAAGCACUUCUGAAAAUUUAAGAGGACAUCUCAACAUCAAACUCACAUACCUGGGCAUUCUUUUGACUAGAAAUCAUCUCAUACAGGAUUUAUCGACUACUGGCGGAUACAUUUGAAGAUAUAUGUUGCACACAUGACCACAAAGUGAUCCAUGUUCGGCUUUAAUCUAGAGAUGCAAAAGCAUCAGAACCAGAUGCAAAAAAACUGGGUCAAUCUAAAGUGGUCUAACAGAUUAUUCAAUCUAAAUCAUGUCUCUAGUUUCAUCCAGCACGCUAUUUUAACCCCAGCCGUGUGCUACCUGAUCUACUGAACCAUGCUUUAUAGCUGACCGUAUUCCCAACAUGGCAAAAUGUGAGCUAAUUGAAUUACAAGACUUGACGCCCGAUGAUCGCAUCGAGUUAGCGCCCUCUACCGGUCCUUCUGUCGCCGCGGGACAAACACUAGAAAGGUGGAGCAAAGAAAAGGUGGUGCGGAUGAUGGGGGACCGUGUACGUUUGGAGGACCCUGAUUGGCGGGAACACGACUUUCAGCCCUGCAGUCAAACGCAGUUGAGUUGGUGUGACCUGUGCGGCGAAUUUAUAUGGGGACUGUACAAACAGAGUCUUCGCUGUUCACACUGUAACUACACCUGUCAUUACCGCUGUCAACCGUUUAUUCAACUGGACUGCAGCUCAAACUGUGAUUCUGUCACCGACCAAUCAAAAUACUGCGAGGACACAAUUGAGACAGACACUAAUGUGGAUGAACAAGUAGACUUGAAGAAGCAGGAUCUGUCCAUCAGUGAAUUACAGCAGAAAGUGAAAGAAUACAAUGCGCAGGUCAACAGUAACCUCUUCAUGGUUCUGAACCGUGACGGGUCUUACACUGGCUUCAUAAAGGUCCAGUUUAAGCUGUCCCGGCCUGUGUCUAUCCCACCUACACAGAGCUCGUCGUCCUCCUCAGGAUUGGAUGGUGGUUGUCGGGAAGACAAAGCACUGAAGCAUCGCACUUCAUUUUACCUGCCCAGAGACACGGUGAAACACCUGCACAUCAGCUCCAGCACGUGCGCCAGAGAGGUCAUCGAAGCUCUGCUGAAAAAAUUCACCGUAGUGGAUAAUCCCGCGAAGUUCUCGCUGUUCGAACGCAGCGAGCGGCAGAAUCAAGUGUACUUGAGGAAGUUAGCGGAUGAUGAACGGCCUCUUUUCCUGCGUCUGUGUGCUGGACCCAAUGAGAAAGUCCUCAGUUUAGUCCUUAAAGAGAAUGAAACUGGGGAAGUUAAUUGGGAUGCAUUCAGUUUUCCUGAACUCCAGAACUUCCUGCGUAUACUGCAGAGAGAGGAAGAGGAUUAUGUUCGACAGAUUGUGCAACGCUACACUCUGGCGCGGGAAAAGAUGAAAGAGGCUAUCAAGAAUUGUAGCACACCUGGCUGAAAUGUACACGGGCUGCUUUUUUUACCUCAGAAAUGAAAGAAAAUGAAAAGGAACCGUACUCAUACACAGCUUGUUUGAAUCCAAAGAGUGUGUGGAAGAACCCUUUGUCCUUAAAUGGUCGAAUCCAUUAGAGGGCAUGAUAGGGGUUGUAAACGAAAGGGAAAUGGAGUGAGAGAGAGGAGUAGCAGCGUGUGUUUAAGUGUGACUGUGGGCGUGUGAGGAGAGUGACUUUACACUGGAAGAAAUAUUGCUGUUGUAGCUUAACUGUAGAUUCAGUUAAAUGUCUGCUUCAGUGGAGUGAUGUCUUCCUGUUUGAAAGGCAGAUUAUUUGUUUGUGGUGAAUGCAUAUAACAAUGCAGAGAAAAAUAUUUUAAAGAGUAUUUUAAGAUGCAUCAUUUGGAGGUUUAAACUGCAAAUAGGAUUAUUUUACUGUUUUGUCAGAUUUUGAUGUACCCAUGUAAAGAUAUUGAGUUUUUUCUGAAAUGAAAAUAAAAAUGAUAUAUUUUUCCCCUUUAAUAUGACUAAAUUGACAAUAUGACAUAUUAUGAACAAAUGUUCAGAAAUCAUUUAAUAUUUUGAUUAGAAAGCAUCUUAAUUUUUUUAAUUAUGUGACAUUGCAUGAAAAAUAAAAUGUAUUAUUAUUGCAAUUUUA